CUGCGGUACCGCCCCUGUCCGCACCCACUGCUCCUGCGCGGUGCUUUCUGCGGUACCGCCCCUGCCCGCACCCACUGCUCCUGCGCGCUGCAUCUCCCUCCAUCCCCCCCCGCGCUCCUUCCGCAUCAGCUGAGCCCCGCGCAGUCGCGGAGCGGGCGGUUCGGUGGCGGCCCGGUGGCAGCCCGGUGGUUCCCCGCCGUCAGUUCUUCAGAGCGCUGGAAAAUGUCGGGUUUUCUGGAGAGCUUGCGGUGCUCGGAGUGCGUUGACUGGGGGGAGAAACGGAACACGAUCGCUUCUGUUGCUGCAGGAGUGUUGUUUUUUACAGGUUGGUGGAUAAUCAUAGAUGCAGCUGUAAAAUACCCUAACAUGGAAGACUUCAACCAUUCAUACCAUGCUUGUGGGGUUAUAGCCACUAUUGCAUUCCUAAUGAUCAAUGCAGUGUCCAAUGGGCAAGUGCGGGGUGACAGUUACAGUGAAGGCUGCCUGGGACAGACAGGUGCUCGGAUCUGGCUGUUCAUUGGGUUUAUGAUGGCAUUUGGAUCUCUGAUUGCUUCCAUGUGGAUCCUUUUUGGAGGCUAUGUUGUUAAAGAAAAAUCAGUAGUAUAUCCAGGAAUUGCUGUUUUUUUCCAGAAUGCUUUCAUCUUUUUUGGAGGACUGGUCUUCAAAUUUGGUCGCACAGAAGAUCUGUGGCAGUGAACAGACCUGGGGAAGUGUCCUGGCUGUGCUGGUUGGUUUUAGCUGCACACUCCUAGAAUUUUAUAAAACCAUUUUGUAAGCAGUGACCUUCAAUUGUGUCUAAAGACAGGACAAGGAAAACCUAAAUCAUAGCACUAAAACCUCUGGUCCUAUUCUGUUUAGUUUUUUUACUCUUGUAUGUGGAUUUAAAGGUUGUUAUGUUUUUGACCAAAGUAAAAUUGCUGCAGGUACCCUGGGCAGUCACCUUUCUGAUACAGUGUUUGUUUCAAGUAAACAGUAUAGUGGAAAAUCGAUGUAUUUAACCAGCUGUUUCUAUCAUGUUAUUUACAAUCCAAGACUUACUAAAAAUGCUUUUAAACCAACUUUUUGAUGUAUAUUUAUUAAAUAUUUCCUAUAUCUGGACAAUAUAACCAUUUCUUCAAUUUCAAAA